ACUAAAGGCGGCAAAAACAAGAAAUUACGCACCAGGCGGUAUAGUAACGUGAAGUACUUCUCCAGACAUUCUUUACGAUGAAGCUAAGAAGUAAAGUAUCCGAAGGAACCACAUCACACUGAUAUCACUGCUAGCCAAGGAAAAUACUACCAUUUCAGUAUUUCUAGACAGAUGUCUCCCACUCUGUCCUUUCGUACCAUAUUCUCAAUGUUCAUUCUUACGUAUUAUCAUUUUACCGCAGUAUUUCACGUUCUGUCGGUAUUUUCUCCAUCAUGCUAAUGUGGCAUUGCGACUUGUGCUGACUCAUGUUCGACAGGUUACCCGUUGAUAAUGACAGUGAAUGCUAGUAUUACGAGAGACAUUUGUCAGUAAGUUUAGAACGAAGAUUCGCGACAUGGUUUGGUGCCUUUAUUUCUAGAAGUAUAAUUCACUAGUGUGACCUAUUUGAGUUGAGACUGAUCGAGUCCAGUGGUAAAUGUAGUCGUAAACACUCUGAGAGUCGACACAAUUCAUUGAAAUUCCAUAGGUAGACACCGGUUGUUAACUGAAUACUUCGGUUACAGCUGAUUAUUUAAGCUAGUUUAGGAUGGAUUUCACGAAAAGCAAGUGUGUAUUAGUGUAGUCUGGUAUUCAUUUAUUUCACAAGGUUCGCUUCAAUGGAUUCGUACGUGUUAUCUCACAUAAACGUAAUUGGUUUCUCAAAGUACCCAUUUACUCGAAUGCACUGGUCAUAAACAGCCUGUAUCACAUCCUCAUAAGUCUUGCUAAUGCUUUCGACAACGAUAUUCGUGCUUUCCUAAGACAUGUGUAUCUUGGGUUAUCUAAUUGAAGUACUGUCAAUUAACAUGAUGUAGCACAACUAUUAUGUGAGAAUACCGAGGUUUUGUUCGUCUCGUUAACAUUUAGGUGUGGAGUUAGAUUUCUGUAAGCGCAACGACGUAUUUUUAUUAGGGUUCUUUUUGAGUACCGUUUCUAUAAUGGUCAGGAAAUUCGUCACUGUUCACUGAAUCGAUUGAUUUGUUUUGUGAUAGGAGUUCCGGCUUUUAUAUUGGUUUUUACCACCAUUUGCUGUUAUUCAGUGUUUAAGUGCAAUUUAAUAACGUCACCUGCAUUCACUCAUUCAGGUACGAAAUAAGCCCAUUAAUCAACUUAUCUGCCAGAAUUAUUAACUUAUGUAAAAUUCCACUUUCGUUUUUCUUAACUGAAAGUCGGGUGUUUGAACCACUUAUCCACUGUUACUUCCUAAAAUAUAUUUCUACAUCAUGCAGCCUUUCCUUGAAUCAAGACCCAAGUCCAGAUAAAUUCACAAAUAUAUUGAGUUUCUGUACCCUUACUAAUUCAGGUUGCAAAAUAAAAGGUUUUCUGUUGUCCGACCAAGUAAAAAGUCCUGUAAUAUUUAAUAUAUCUAAGAACGAUACACUUUAGUCAUAUCGUAUCAGACUCAAGUGAGAGUAUGAUGUAAACUAGUACGUGCUUGGUUUGUGGUCGACUUAUGAUUCUUUGAGUAGAAAGCUAAGAGCGAAAUCCUUGUAGUAUGAAAACCAACAUAUGAAGGAUUAAAAACACUAAGACAGUGUAGAAAGGGAAACUCAUUCAAAGAGCUUUUCGUUUGUGCUUUUAUGCUUUUUAAAACCUUACGUGGGAAGCAAAAGUAAUCCAUUCCUAAAGAGAAAGAUGUGACACAAACCACGUAUAGGCUCAUGUAAUAAGCUGCACUUCAUACUUGUAAGGACUGGUGGUUCUUACGGACUAAGCUUUCGUGAUAUUUAUAUUAUCUUUGGUCACUGGAUUGUGAUGUAUAUCUUAGGAAAUAGAGACCCCAAAUAUAUUUCCAGCCCUUCUCAUUUUUAACUAAUUCCAUGUCGUUAUAGUUGAAUAUUUGAAACUUGGUUUUCACCUAGCAGCAAAGACCUAUAACUUGUUACAUUUACUCUUGAAUACUAGUUUUAGAACAAGUAAUUGGUUGCUUAGUGGCGUUCUUUAGUUAACUUCAGGUGAUAUUAGCAACAAUAAAUAAACCAAACAUUGUUAGCUUUUUCUAAAUGUGUUCAAGUAACCAAAUCUGGUUUUGAGAAGUAAAGUUGCUUGUGAGUCGCUAUUAUCUGUGACUAUACACAGUCGAACCUUGAGAUUGCGUACGAUAUUUUUACCAAGUGCUUAAUAUAUUUGAGUGAUAAAACCUCAGACAAAUGCAUAUAGGGAUACUUAACUCUGAAACAUAAUAGUAAAAUAAGUAUUUGGAAGAGGCUUCUUUGACUAAUUUUACUUCUAACUUCUUUUUUUCAGCAUGUUAGUAGACUUCCCACUCCUAUCUACUCAUUUUGAUUCUCGUACGUUAGUCCGUUCACUUUUAUUUCAUGUUCAUUCUUUUAUUUUCUUUUGUUUUAGAUUUUAAUAUUAACUGGAUUUGAACUGUCCACAAUUAUACUCAUUUGCUUACAGGGAAUCUGAACAUUCGUAGAAUACGGAACGUUUUACUGCUUGACUAUUUACCUGUAGGCUUUUAAAUUCUAAACUAUGAAUAUGCUCAAAAUACCAAAUACUGCACUGUUAUUUUUCGACUAUUUUUCAACCGGAACCUUCUUCAUACUCUUGAUUUACCUCUUUACCAGACUUUGUACACACUUGCUUCAUUUUCCGUCACUAAAUUGUCAUUUAGAUGUGAUAAUUUAUCAAAGCCGUGCCGUUAUCAUUUUUCUUGUAGUAUUUAUAUACUUCGUUGGUGUUUUGACAUGCAAAAUAAACGAUAAAUUUUUGGUCUAUACAAUGCUGAGGAAUAGAAGACGGUUAAAUACUCUGUUAUAUACACUUGUCCUUUUCACUUUCGCCCUAUGCUCAUUGUGUUCAGUUAUAUUUGUACCGUAUACCAGCUUUGCUAUAUUUCUACUAUCCACCUCGGUCUUCUUGUUAUUUUCAGACUUGUCUAUAUUUUUGAUUGUACUGGAGUACUAUUUAUUGGAAACUGAAUUGUUGAAUUAUCAACAUGCUAAACGCCAUUGUUUACUCAGUCAUUUAUUUUCAAACCAAUUAUUUGUGGAUCAUAUACUUGGUAUGUUUCUAAAAACUUCUUUGUUCAGCAUCAGUAUCACAUCGAAAUAUGCAUACUUGGAAAGUAUCUUUAAAUCUACUUUGAUGGAGCAAAUUAUAUACAUUGUGAUCAUAUUUGUUUUCCUACCAUCAUUUAUGAGGAUAUUUGCGUCAUAUGCGAAAAGAGUGCGCGGUAAACAGCAAAAGUGCUUAGUAUCGAAUAAGUGGGUAUCCAGCUCAACACGAAAGCGUAGACAUUCAUACUCAUCUGACCACUCUUAUGUAGAGUAUCGACGUAUGAGUAUCCACAACCUUUCUGGUUAUGAUGUCAACCCGAAUCGUUCUGAUAAGUGUUGGUCUACCACUUUUAUGGUAUUUGUCAGCUUGAUAAUACUUCAUUUAAAUAAUCGGUAUUCUGAGCGAAUUAGUUCUUCCAAGCACAAUUCAAGUGAGAAUGAAGGUUUUCCUAUUUUAUAUAAUAUUACUGCUUAUGAAGUAACUAGUAUCUUCCGUUUCAUUUACAAUAUAUUGCACGUUAUCAAUGUCAAUAUGGUGGUCUACUUGUUUCUCGGAUUGCUAUUAUUUAAGCGUAUCAGAUUGAAUAAACCUACUAACUCACAAUUACAUAACUUGAAUAUCCCUAAAAUAAAAGAGACCUUGCUUAGUGACCAAGUAAAGCAGUCUCCAGAAUUUUUGAAGAAAUUAAAUGAUGUUCCUCUUCAGUCAAGAAGACGGAUAUACUGUUUACGUAAAGGCUUGGGACAUGAACUAUCAGAUACAGAGAUUUUACAACUGAUAUCACAUGGAAGGCUUAAAACUCGUGAAUUAGAAUCAGUCGUUCGCAAUCCAUUUCGGGCUGUUGAACUCCGUCGUUUAGAUUUGUCAACAUUUCUUAAUAACCCACAUAUUAUUGAACGCAUUCCAUACAAAGACUAUGAUUAUCGUCUUGUAUAUGGUCAAUGUUGUGAAGAGGUUAUCGGGUACAUGCCUAUACCAGUUGGAAAAAUUGGACCUCUUCUACUGGAUGGUCGUUCUCAUUACAUUCCUUUGGCUACAACUGAAGGAUGCUUGGUAGCCAGCACAAAUCGGGGAUGUCGUGCAAUUUUUUUAGCUGGUGGUAUCAAAAGUGUUGUCUAUAGAGAUCAAAUGACAAGAGCACCUGUUGUUUGGUUUCCAUCAAUUAUUGAUUCAGUGAAAUGUAUUGCAUGGAUUGAUUCAGAUGAAGGAUUCCAAAUUUUAAAAUCAGCUUUCGAUAAAACUAGCGCACAUGUAAACUUAUUAUCAGUUUUUGCUUGUCCGGCUGGUCGAUAUAUUCAUAUUCGAUUUGCUGCACGUACAGGUGAUGCUAUGGGUAUGAAUAUGGUUAGUAAAGCCACUGACAGUGCUUUGCAUUGUCUACAAAAAUAUUUCAGUAAUAUGCAAGUUAUCUCUUUAAGUGGAAAUAUGUGUACAGAUAAGAAGCCAGCUACCAUAAAUACAAUUCUUGGUCGUGGUAAAUCUGUUAUUGCUGAAGCUCAUCUAUCAGCUGAUGUACUGGCUCAAGUGUUACAUACCAAUGCACAACGAUUAGCUCGGUUAACUCAUUCCAAAAAUUGGAUUGGAUCUGCAAUGGCCGGUUGUCCUGGUAUGAUGGGAUGUAAUGCACAUGCAGCAAAUAUUAUUGCUGGAAUGUUUGCAGCUACGGGACAAGAUUUAGCUCAAGUUGUUGACUCAUCAUCUUGCUUAACACAAUUGGAGGUUGAUUUGUCAGAUGACUCACUGGUAGCUAGUGUUACUAUGCCAUGUUUAGAAGUUGGUACAGUCGGUGGUGGUACACGUCUUCCAGGCCAACGUGCAUGUCUUGACUUACUGGAUUUAAGCGUCGAUCGUCCAACUGAACAUUUAUCACGGAUAAUUGCUGGAACUGUACUUGCAGCUGAGUUGAGCUUAAUGGCAGCCUUAGACACAGAUGAUUUGGUGAAAGCACAUAUGCACUUCAAUCGAGCCAAGCAAUCUACAAACUCUAACCCCUGUAGUCAUUCUACUACUGCUGAUUAUAAUAACAAUGAUAACAAUAGUAAUAUUUACGAUAAUCAUAGCAUUGCUUUAUCUUCAAAAAGUACUGUUACUGAUAAUUCAGAUGUACGCGAAUCUGUUCAUUCCAUACAUGUGAAACCACUUCCUGUUAAAAGUGACUUAUCUGUAAAUUCGGUGAUAUCCCAUUAUACUAUGUAACUUGUAUAUGUAGACAAUUUUACUGUCAGUUUACAAAACACCCUUGUAUAUCAUUACUAAGCCCUAGAUUAAAGGUUAACAAAUAGGUUGUAUUCUCGAAUCAUUUUUAGACGUUUACUUAAUUUCCCGUGUUUUUUUCACUUUCUGUUUCCGUACGUUUGAUCAAAAUAAACAAAUUAUACUUC